GUGAGCAAGAGAGUGAGACAGCAGGAAACUGUCUGGUGGUUGGCAAUCACUGCAUUAUUUCAUGCCCCCCCCCCAAAAAAUCUCACUUUGAGUUUAAUCACUGUACUUUUCCUAGUUCUCCUCCACCUGGAAAUGCCAGAGUCUUCCAGAAAUCAGAGUGAAAUGGCCUGGAACAAUCAGUCAGUCAUAAGGGAAUUCAUACUACAGGGUCUCUCCAGUGCCUGGGAACUCCAGAUCUUCUAUUUCCUGUUUUUCUCCAUAGUCUAUGCAGCCACUGUACUGGGGAACCUCCUCAUUCUGCUCACCAUUGUGUCAGAGCCACGCCUUCACUCCCCCAUGUACUUCCUGCUGGGCAAUCUCUCCUUCAUUGACAUGUCUCUGGCCUCGUUUGCCACCCCCAAAAUGAUCGCAGAUUUCCUCAGUGAGCACAAAGCCAUCUCUUUUGAAGGGUGCAUCACCCAGAUAUUCUUCCUGCAUCUCUUAGGGGGUGCUGAGAUUGUACUGCUGAUAUCCAUGUCUUUUGAUAGGUAUGUGGCUAUUUGUAAGCCUCUACGUUACUUAACCAUCAUGAGCCGGAGAAUGUGUGUUGGGCUUGUGACACUUUCCUGGAUUGUUGGCAUCUUCCACGCUAUGAGUCAGUUAGCAUUUACUGUAAAUCUGCCCUUCUGUGGGCCCAAUGAAGUGGACAGUUUCUUUUGUGCUCCCUUGGUGAUUAAACUUGCCUGCGUAGACACAUACAUCCUGGGAGUGUUCAUGAUCUCAACCAGUGGCAUGAUUGCCCUGGUGUGCUUCAUCCUCUUGGUGAUCUCUUACACUGUCAUCCUGGUCACCGUGAGACAACGUUCCUCCGGUGGGUCCUCCAAAGCCCUCUCCACUUGCAGUGCCCAUUUCACCGUCGUGACCCUUUUCUUUGGCCCGUGCAUUUUUAUCUAUGUGUGGCCUUUCACAAAUUUCCCAAUAGACAAAGUGCUCUCGGUAUUUUAUACCAUUUUCACUCCCCUUUUGAAUCCCGUAAUCUAUACUCUUAGAAAUAAAGACGUCAAAGAUUCCAUGAGAAAACUUAGCAGCCGUGUCUUUAAGUCUAGGAAGACUGAUCAUACCCCUUGA